CUACUAGGAAAUCCAAGCCACUUGGUAUGAGAAGCUCCAUGAGUGGGAGGAUGCCCUGGUAUCAUACGACAAGAAGAUUGACAUGAACAAAGAGGAUCCAGAGCUCAUCCUGGGCAGAAUGCGCUGCUUAGAGGCCCUGGGAGAAUGGGGCCAGUUGCACCAGCAGUGCUGUGAGGAGUGGACGCUGGUGAGCGAGGAAACCCAAGCCAAGAUGGCUCGUAUGGCUGCUGCUGCCGCCUGGGGUCUAGGGCACUGGGACAGCAUGGAGGAGUACACGUGUAUGAUCCCAAGAGACACACAUGAUGGUGCCUUUUAUAGAGCAGUGCUAGCUCUGCAUCAGGACCUCUUCUCAUUGGCUCAGCAGUGUAUUGACAAAGCAAGAGACCUCUUGGAUGCUGAGCUGACGGCCAUGGCUGGAGAGAGCUACAGUCGAGCCUACGGGGCCAUGGUGUCUUGCCAGAUGCUGUCGGAGCUAGAGGAGGUGAUCCAGUACAAGUUGGUGCCAGAGAGGAGGGACAUCAUCAGGGAAACAUGGUGGGAGAGGCUUCAGGGUUGUCAACGUAUCGUAGAGGACUGGCAAAGGAUCCUGAUGGUCAGAUCACUUGUCAUCAGCCCCCAUGAAGACAUGAGGACUUGGUUGAAGUACGCCAGCCUCUGUGGCAAGAGUGGACGCCUGGCACUGGCUCAUAAGACCCUGGUGCUCCUUUUGGGUGUCGACCCCUCAAAGCAACUUGAUCACCCGCUGCCCACAGCCCACCCGCAUGUCACCUACGCUUAUAUGAAAUACAUGUGGAAGAGCGCCCGCAAGAUUGAUGCCUUCCAGCACAUGCAGCAUUUUGUGCAGGGGAUGCAGCAGCAAGCCCAGCACGCCAUCGCAGCUGAAGACCAACAGCAUAAGCAGGAGCUCCACAAACUGAUGGCCAGAUGUUUCUUGAAGCUUGGGGAGUGGCAGCUCAGUCUGCAGGGCAUCAACGAGAGCACCAUUCCCAAGGUUCUGCAGUAUUACAGCCAUUCCACUGAGCAUGACCGCAACUGGUACAAGGCUUGGCAUGCCUGGGCAGUGAUGAACUUUGAGGCGGUGCUGCACUACAAACAUCAAAACCAAGGACGAGACGAGAAGAAGAAGCUGCGACACGCUAGUGGUGCCAGUGCUAACAGUGAAGCCAGUAACAGCGACAGCGAGGUUGACAGCACCGACCACAGUCCCGUGCCCUCACCAGGCCAGAAAAAGGUCAAUGAGGACCUCUCGAAGACAUUGCUCCUGUACACAGUCCCUGCUGUUCAAGGUUUCUUCCGUUCCAUCUCCCUGUCCAGAGGCAAUAACCUGCAGGACACUCUCAGGGUUCUGACUCUGUGGUUUGACUAUGGUCAUUGGCCUGAAGUGAAUGAAGCCCUGGUGGAGGGUAUCAAGACCAUUCAAAUAGACACCUGGCUACAGGUGAUCCCUCAGCUCAUAGCUCGAAUUGACACUCCCCGAGCUCUGGUGGGUCGCCUCAUCCACCAGCUGCUAACAGACAUUGGGCGGUAUCAUCCCCAAGCUUUGAUCUACCCACUGACUGUGGCCUCCAAGUCCACCACCACGGCCCGCCACAAUGCUGCUAACAAGAUCCUGAAGAACAUGUGUGAACACUGCAACACUCUGGUUCAGCAGGCCAUCAUGGUGAGUGAGGAGCUUAUCCGUGUGGCCAUCUUGUGGCACGAGAUGUGGCAUGAGGGCCUUGAAGAGGCAUCACGUCUGUACUUUGGUGAGCGCAACGUCAAGGGUAUGUUUGCUGUGCUGGAGCCUCUACAUGCCAUGAUGGAGAGGGGACCACAGACCCUCAAAGAGACCUCUUUUAAUCAGGCUUAUGGCAGAGACUUGAUGGAGGCUCAGGACUGGUGCAGGAAGUACAUGCGGUCUGGAAACGUAAAAGACCUGACCCAGGCCUGGGACCUUUACUACCAUGUAUUCAGACGCAUCUCCAAACAGCUGCCACAGCUGACCUCCCUGGAGCUACAAUACGUGUCUCCAAAGCUGCUGAUGUGCCGAGACCUGGAGCUGGCUGUACCAGGCACUUAUGACCCCAACCAGCCUAUCAUCCGCAUCCAGUCCAUCGCCCCUUCCCUGCAGGUCAUCACCUCCAAGCAGCGCCCACGCAAACUCACCAUCAUGGGCAGCAACGGCCACGAGUUCAUGUUCCUGUUGAAGGGCCAUGAGGACCUGAGGCAGGAUGAGAGAGUCAUGCAGCUGUUUGGUCUGGUCAACACACUGCUGGCCAAUGACCCUGCGUCCUUGCGCAAGAACCUCAGCAUUCAGCGCUACGCAGUGAUCCCCCUGUCCACCAACUCAGGCCUGAUUGGCUGGGUGCCCCACUGUGACACCCUGCAUGCCCUCAUCAGAGACUACAGAGAGAAGAAAAAGAUUUUGCUCAACAUUGAACAUCGCAUCAUGCUCAGGAUGGCCCCAGACUAUGACCACUUGACGCUGAUGGAGAAGGUGGAGGUGUUCGAGCACGCCGUCAACAACACGGCCGGAGACGACCUGGCCAAGCUCUUGUGGCUGAAGAGCCCCAGUUCUGAGGUAUGGUUCGACAGGAGAACCAAUUACACCCGCUCCCUGGCUGUGAUGUCCAUGGUGGGCUACAUCCUCGGACUGGGUGACAGGCAUCCUUCCAACUUGAUGUUAGACCGGUUAAGUGGCAAGAUACUCCACAUUGACUUUGGAGACUGUUUUGAGGUUGCCAUGACCAGAGAGAAGUUCCCCGAAAAGAUCCCAUUCAGACUGACAAGGAUGCUGACCAACGCUAUGGAGGUGACAGGCUUGGACGGUAACUACCGGAUCACCUGCCACACAGUGAUGGAGGUGCUGAGGGAGCACCGGGACAGCGUCAUGGCUGUGCUGGAGGCUUUCGUCUAUGAUCCGCUGCUCAACUGGAGGCUCAUGGACACAAACACCAAAGGCAACAAGCGUUCUCGCACCAGGACCGACUCGUAUACCGCUGGACAGUCAGUGGAGGCUCUUGAGGGAAUAGACCUCGGAGAGACCACACACAAGAAACCAGGGACCACAGUGCCUGAAUCCAUCCACUCCUUCAUUGGAGACGGCUUGGUACAACCUGAGGCACUCAACAAGAAAGCAAUUCAGAUUAUAAACAGAGUGAGAGACAAACUUACAGGUCGGGACUUUUCUCAUGAUGAGACACUGGAUGUGCCGACACAAGUGGAGCUCCUCAUCAAGCAAGCCACAUCACAUGAAAACCUGUGCCAGUGCUACAUUGGGUGGUGUCCAUUUUGGUGAAGAAUCCUAUCUGGCAGACAAGGUUACACUUGACAUUUUUCUCACUGGCGAAACAAGAAGAAGCACUCGACUCAAAUAGGUAUCCACUGAAAAUUUACUUAAGCCACAGUGCAGAGCCUUUGAGAAAGAUUUUUUGUUGUUGUAGAGUUAUUGGAUUUUCCAGUGGCACGUUUUAUGAGACAGGAUCUUAAGAGCUCAGUUUUUACCUGAUGAUCAUAAUUUUACUCAAACUGUUGUCAUUGCUUCAAAUGACUCCUCGCUUUAAACACCAUAAUCAGUUGCUAAAAGCUUUCUACCGUGGCCAUAUUGUAAUAAGUUAUGACAUUUCUUACUUCUCACACUGUAUUAAAAACCCACCAGUCUGUUGUAUCAUUGUGUAUUAAUGUGACAAAAUUCAAUAACAUGGUAUGCCUUUAAUUAUCUUCUUUAAAGUUUCCUGAGUACAAUUUGAUUUGAGAUGAUGAGAUAAUGUACUGUAUGGGCAUUUGUGUGCCAUUAAACCCUGUACAGAUACCACUGUGA